CCCGCCCGCCCGCCGCCGAGAUCAGCCGGACGGUGCGGAGCCGCGCUUCACUUCCUGCGCCGGCAGCGGGAGCCGCCCAGAGACCUCGCCGACGGGCGCCGCGCGCGCUUCCCAGGUGACAUUCCUACUGCACACGAUGCCAGGCACCUGUGAGACUGUGGGGCGGCCAGGCAGCCUGGUGACCUUGAACGUUGGCGGUAAACUCUACAGCACAACUCUAGAGACUUUGACAUGCUUUCCAGAUUCCAUGUUGGGCGCCAUGUUCCGCGGCCCCCAGCCGGCCCUAACCGACAGCUGUGGGAACUACUUCAUUGACCGUGACGGCAAAGCAUUCCGCCACAUCCUCAACUUCCUCCGUUUUGGCAGGCUAGACUUGCCAGAGGGGUACGCUGAAUUGUCUCUCUUGCGGGCUGAAGCAGACUUCUAUCAGAUCCGUCCCCUUCUAGAGGAGCUGCGGCGGGUAGAGAUGGAGCGAUGGCGCCAGAGGACCAACGCGGUGCUUCAUGCCGAUGUGGAUUUACGCAAACGCUUAAUGCACUUCAAUGUGCGCCAUGGGCCGCAGAACUACGAGCUCAAUACAUGCUCCCUUCAUAUUUUCACCGCCAAUGUCUUCUGCACAGACAGGCAUUUCCUUGCCAUGCUGCGAAGACGGUUGAGCCAAUCAGAUUGCACAACUGGUGGCUUUGAAGAGGGAUGUUCUGGGAAGAGCGUGGACCAAUCCCUGAGAGGGACAGAAUCCCUAGGCUGCCUCAGCCAAUCAGAUGAUUCCGAUGCUAUGGUUAGAGAAACCAGAAGUGAUCCAACUUGGGAUUCCAUCACCACCAGUGUACAAUACAGGGGACAGAAGAGGCAAUUGGACGGUUCAAGAACCAAUGGCGAAUUGAGAAUUUGUUCAGGCGAUUCCACAGAUGAAGAUGUAGAAACAGAUGAAGAGAUGUUGGACUACUCACCUGUGGAAACCAAAAUGUGCCACCAUCUUUGCUUGGAGUGGGCACCACGCCCAGCUGAGCUCCCGGCAGCAGAAUACGCCAAACAGAAGCUGCAGUCGCUGAGGGUGGGUGGGAGGGAGAUCAGGACUGCCAGUGAAUUUCUGGAAGAGGUGUUGAAGGUGGCGUUGGCUCAAGGCUUCCGUGUAGAUUCCGUCUUCCCUGACCCAGCCGAUAUCCUGAACGCCCGCUCUUUGCGGUUUGUCCGGCACUGAAUCUUUUGUCCAAACACCAGGGGUGGAACGGUAUCAUGUGAUGAUCAACACCAUCUUAAAGGAAAAUGGAGAUGGUUUUUUAAAGUCUCCUGCGCCUUUGGCUUCAAGCUGCGGCAACUCGGCUGAGUGAUGGGAUUCUCCCCUCCUUUACGCCCUCGUAAAUCUUCUACCUAGAGUCACAGCAAUGAAGAACCCUGCAAAGGAAGGAACAGACUGCAGAGGGGGUGGGUGUCCAAGCACAUAAGUGCAAUGGGCAGGAAUCCCACAUAUACUGGGAUGGGGUGAAGGGAUAUCCCUGCAGGUGUUGGCUACCUGUUUGGAGAGGCCCACAAGCAUGCCUUUGUAAUCUUCCUGACUGAGGACAGUACAUUGACUUUAAAGUGAAUGGGCUUUAUCCCAAAAGCUGGCUUAACAACCAUGCGCCUUUUGGAAAUCUCAAAAGGGGAUGCUAAACACAUGCGUCACGCUCACAAAACUGCAACUUCAAGGAUUUCUUGGGGGGGGGGAAGACUGUGGUUAAACUGGGUACAAACUGGUUUAAUUUUAAAACUACACACUGCCUUUUUAAAUGUAGACCUAUUGUUAUGUCUCUCACUGCAUUGGGGCAUGUUUGGUUUCCCCCCCUCCCAAUCUAAAGAAGCCACUGUUCUGUAUAAGGGCUUUUCUGAUUGUCCUGUAGAUUUUAAAGGCACACAAACACAUCUUGGGGGGGUGGAAAUGUGACGGUUGCCUAGAUGAGUUUUGGACUACAACUCCUGUGCUGGCUGGGGCUGAUGGGAGUUGUAGUCCAAAAUGUCUGGACGGCGCCCAGUUGCCAAAGGCUCACCUAGCAGAUUUCCUUACACCUGAGCUACUUGAAAGCUUCACAUUUUGCUUCAGUAUUCUUUCCUUGUCACAUGGGAACAAUGGGUGAACAGUGGGAUGUAGAAGCUUUUUAAAGCUGUGUUUUGGUGGUGGUGCAUUUUUCUCCUUCUGAAAUGGGAGGCUCCUGUUUGAAAAAGAGCCUUGUCUAUAGCAUGAUUGUCCUUGGCUCUCCUGGAGAAGACCUGGCCAGAGCUGUUUCCCUCUUACAGUGCUACUCUCAGGGCCUGAAGCACAGAGCAUGUGGGAAGAGGAUUCUGCACUAUCCUCUCUGUCCCUCGCAUCUCCUUGCCCGCAUCCCCAGCAAACUUUUAAUGAGAAGCUGUGGAAGCCUCGCAGUUCAAUUUUGGUUUUACAUGUAAUAAAGCUUGUUUUAUAUAUAUAAAAAAUA